AUGGCAGAGGUGAGGAACGACGGGAGCAGUGAGGUGCGGGAGGGACGCGGAACGACGUGCGGUCGCUCAUGCUGCUCGCGCCAGACUGGUGCUCGCUGCGCGCCACCAUACGCCACCCCACCCAGCACACCCUCACGCUCCACCCACACCCUGCACUCGCACCGCCUCAAGUUCCGCCCACCAACCUGCCCUUGUAACAAUCAAGCUCCGCCCACCUCAGCACCGCCCCGCCCUCCUGGACUGUCAAACUCCGCCCACCUCAGCACCACCCCGCCCUCCUGGACUGUCAAGCUCCGCCCACCUCGGCACCGCCCCGCCCUCCUGGACUGUCAAGCUCCGCCCACCUCAGCACCGCCCCGCCCUCCUGGACUGUCAAGCUCCGCCCACCUCAGCACCACCCCGCCCUCCUGGACUGUCAAGCUCCGCCCACCUCAGCACCACCCCGCCCUCCUGGACCAUCAAGCUCCGCCCACCUCAGCACCGCCCCACCCUCCUGGACCAUCAAGCUCCGCCCACUUCGGCACCGCCCCACCCUCCUGGACCAUCAAGCUCCGCCCACCUGAGCACCGCCCCACCCUCCUGGACCAUCAAGCUCCGCCCACUUCGGCACCGCCCCACCCUCCUGGACCAUCAAGCUCCGCCCACCUCGGCACUGCCCACACCCUCCUGGACUGUCAAGCUCCGCCCACCUCAGCACCGCCCCACCCUCCUGGACUGUCAAGCUCCGCCCACUUCGGCACCGCCCCACCCUCCUGGACCAUCAAGCUCCGCCCACUUCGGCACCGCCCCACCCUCCUGGACCAUCAAGCUCCGCCCACUUCGGCACCGCCCCACCCUCCUGGACCAUCAAGCUCCGCCCACCUGAGCACCGCCCCACCCUCCUGGACCAUCAAGCUCCGCCCACCUCGGCACUGCCCCACCCUCCUGGACCACCCUCCUGGACCAUCAAGCUCCGCCCACCUCAGCACCGCCCCACCCUCCUGGACCAUCAAGCUCCGCCCACCUCAGCACCGCCCCACCCUCCUGGACCAUCAAGCUCCGCCCACUUCGGCACCGCCCCACCCUCCUGGACCAUCAAGCUCCGCCCACCUCGGCACUGCCCCACCCUCCUGGACCAUCAAGCUCCGCCCACUUCGGCACCGCCCCACCCUCCUGGACCAUCAAGCUCCGCCCACUUCGGCACCGCCCCACCCUCCUGGACCAUCAAGCUCCGCCCACUUCGGCACCGCCCCACCCUCCUGGACCAUCAAGCUCCGCCCACUUCGGCACCGCCCCACCCUGCGGAGGAAAG